AUGGCGUCUGAGCAACUUUCUAGCAGAGACAACACUACGACAGAGGGAGAGAUUCAAGUUGAGAAACACACAGUUCCAAAGAUGACCACACACUUUGAGCACCUUGCUGAGCAAGCAAAAGAAUCUGAUGUUACCGGUGGGAAGGAGACACCACAGGGUAGCAUAGAAGUGUUGCAAGGUGGCGAACGCAACAAAGAGCAUGGUGGGAAAGCCAUUGGUGAUGUUGGUGGACGUGGGAAAACAAGAGAGACUCAUGAAUUGGGAACUCAGUUUGAGUCCCUCGUUGAUAAAGUGAAGGGUGAAGAUCGCAAGGAGAAGAAAGAGAGUGACCGUAGUGGUAAUAUAGUUGGAGACAAAAAGGGUGAAGAAGAAGAACUCAGAAGACAAACCAGAGAGGUAAGAGGAAGAUCGGGAAAAGAAGGAAGAGGAAGAGAAAGCAUAGGGAAAGUAGUGGCAGAGAAAGGAAGAGGAAGAGAGGAAGCAAGAGAUGAAGAGUGUGCUGAGAAUGAAGGUGAAAGAUUGGUCAAAUUUGAUGAACAGAAAGGAAGAGGAAAAGAAGAUGAUAAAGCAAGAGAGAAGAGUGAAAGACCUUCAACCUGGGAAGAGAUUUCAAAGCACAGAGAUGAAGCUCAAAAGGAAACAAAGGAGAGAUAUGAAAGAGCAAAACAAGCAGCAAGCGAGACAGUGAACAACACAACACAAACUGCACUAGAGAAAAGUGCACAGGCAAAGGACAUUGCAAUGGAGAAGGCAUCACAAGCCAAGGAUACAACAAUGGAGAAGGGUAAACAAGGCUAUGCAACAACCAAAGACACCAUCAAAGGUGCUGCAAAAACUGCUGUGGAAUACACUGCACCAGUGGCAGAGAAGGCCAAAGGUUACACCAUUCAAGCUGCAGAGAAGGCCAAGGAUGUUACCGUGGGAAGUGGCAAGACUGCAGCUGAAUAUGCCGGAAAAGUGGCUGCGGAUAUCAAGGACAAGGCCACCGUGGCAGGGUGGACGGCGGCGAAUUAUUCGGCUGAGAAGACGGUGGAGGGAACCAAAGCGGCGGUCAAUGUUGUUGGGGGAGCAACAGGGUAUGCAGGUAAUAAGGCUGCUGAGCUUGCUGCAAAAUCUGUGGGUGCUGUUAAAGGCUUAGCUGCUUCAGCUGGUGAAACUGCUAAGGAGUACACAGCAAGGAAGAAAGAGGAGGCAAAGAGGGAAUUGGAGGCAAAAAGAGCAUCUCAAAAUCAGGAAGGUGAGGAGAGACCAUCAGAGGGUGUUGGCGAAACUGUAAGCCAGUAUGCACAAAAAAUGAAACCAAGUGGGGAAAGCUUUGAGAGAGGGCAAGCACAAGGUAGUAAUCAAGAGGGGAAGGGAAGCAAUGUGUUGAGCAAUGUAGCGGAGCAAGGUCAAGAAGGACAAGGGGGUGGUGUGUUGAGUGCUAUUGGCGAAGCCAUAUCAGAAAUUGCGCAGACAACUAAAUCAAUGGUUAUUGGUGACGACAAAGGAGAGUCAAGGCAGAGCUUUGGGUCACAUGAAGGUGAUCAAGCACCAAAGAGUGUUUGA